AUGAGCGAGAGACAAGGAGCUGGCGCAACCAAUGGAAAAGACAAGACGUCUGGUGAAAACGAUGGGCAGAAGAAAGUUCAAGAAGAAUUUGACAUCGACAUGGAUGCGCCCGAGACAGAACGUGCGGCCGUGGCCAUUCAGUCCCAGUUCAGAAAAUUCCAGAAGAAAAAGGCGGGGUCCCAGUCCUAG